GGUUCGGUAUUUUGCAUGUGUACUUGUGUGUGUGUGUUGUUGCUUGUUUACUUGUUGUGUGUCUGUGUGCAUUUAGUUUUCAUUUCCCGUGAUUGAAAUGUGAAACUUUAAAAAUAUUUGUUAUGUUUUUAUAUUUUUAGUCUUCUAGAAAUGUUUUAAUGCCUGGAAUAUAUGAAGCCCGUAGAAAACAUCAAUCUUUAGGUUCUUUGGUGCGAAAUUAAAGUUUAUAUCAUAGACUUAUAUUAAACAAAAGUGUGCAUGUGGACCAGUGGCUUUUGAUUUCUAAAUAUAGAACUUUAUGAUAUCAAAAGUUAGAAUGUAUUGAUCGUCGUAUUCUUAGUUUAUGAAUCACAGUUACAUGGUCUACAAGGAAGCUUAAAACAAGAAAUUCUCUGAGACACAUUACAAUGGAUAGAGGAUCCGGGUAGAAGUAGAUCUAUGUUUGUUUAUAUUUGCUGUUUUAACGUAGGUAGGCUAUGCAAGUUGUCAAAUUGUGUUUUGAUAUAAGUUUCAUCUCCGGAAGAAAAAAAAAGUAAAACCUAGACUCUGCUUCUCUUUAGCUGAAAAUCUCCAUCGCAAUAUUUGCUAGCAAUUCAGCCAGUGAAACAGUCAGCAAGGAAACAACGCUCUUACCCUGGACCAUAGAGAUUUAAUAUUCACAUUGUACUUCUGUAGGCAAACAUCAAAAGUUCUAGCACUGUAACAAAAACAAGAGGACGUCAUUCUAAAACAGGAGGACGUCAUUCUAAAACAGGAGGACGUAAUUCUAAAAUAGGAGGACGUCAUUCUAAAACAGGAGGACGUCAUUCUAAAACAGGAGGACUGUAAUUCUAUUAAAAAAAAACAGCAGGAUUGCAAGGGAGACUUACUGUAUCAAUGAUUCGCCUAGACUGUUCUCCCAAAUACCCAGAGAACGUCUAAAUGAACUAAUGCCUAAAGUGACAUUUCUGUUAGUACUAAAUGUCACGUUUUGUUGCAUCGAAAGACGCAAAGAUGUAGAUCUAAAAGAUUAAAAGAAACUUCUCGUCUCAUUGUACAUGAGUGUGGCUAGGCAUGGCAGAGGUGUGCUUUAGAGAUGUGACUAUUCUCCAUACUGACCAGGAUAAGGAGUGGUGUCAGUACUUACAUAAACAUUUUCUGCUGGACAAACUCAGCAUACAUACAUUAAAUGUGACCACCCUGGAUUAUAAACACCCCCCAGAAAUCGAAGUAGCAAUUAGAGAAUCCCAUGUUGUGGUCCUAGUUGCCACAGCACACAUGAUGGAUUAUAUGGAGGCCCAAGCUGAUUGGUUCGCCAAUAUGAUUAGGGAGAAACGAAAUUCAAAUUUAACAACUGUAAUGGCAGCACUGAUAGCACUUUCACCAGACGAAUGUACCAGUGUAUUAAAAGGAUCAUCAUAUGUAACAGACCCCAGUGAAGAGUACAAAAUGGUAGAUGUUGAUGUCACAGGAGCUAACAUCAAACAAGUCAUAGAAGAAAUACUAGAACACAGGGAUAAAAAUUAUGCUAAAAGGCCAAGAAAAUUGUCACCGACUGUGACUGUGUUGCCAACAUCCAUUAAUGGAAGUGGAGAUAAGGUAGCUCUUCUGUUUCCUGAGGAACUCAAAGGGGUUGUGACUGUCAAUUUCAAAGGCAUAAAAGAAGAAGUCAGUACCAAAAAAGUCAAUCCUUACAGUGUCACAUUUGUUGUUCCAGAUGUGGUUGGGGAGAAAGUUGGUAUGCAAGUAAAUGUUGAUGGAAACAGAGUCAAACGGUGUCAUCUAUAUAAUAGGGCAAUGGGACUUAACACAACAAGUGUUGAAUUCAUGUGCCAGAGCUUUGGGGUGAGCAGUAAAGAGGAGCUAGACAAGAAGCUAGCAAAUAAUUUUAACACAAGUAUAUGUGGUGAUAGCAAAGCUAACAAAAUUUUUGAUGAAGUCAUGAGCAGCUCCUUAACAGAUUGUCGUAUAGCCUCCAGUAAUAAGUAUCCCACCAUACUCCACUGGGCAGCAGCCAAUGGGCUCAGCGAGUUAUGCUCUGCACUUUUGUCCUCUGUGUCAGCAAGUGCUGCUGCAUGUAACAUAGACAACUGUGAGGGUCGUGACCCUGCUGAGCUUGCCAGGGUCAAUGGGCAUCAAGACCUUUAUGAUCUUCUAUUUGAUUUUGCUCUUCCACAAAGAAUAACUGAGGAAACCAAAGAAAUUGCUGACACAUGGGAUUUAUAUGUUCAAUGUAUUAGUACAAAACCAGAGCUAGCAUCAAACAGUUCAGAUGUUUAUGAAAUUAUGCAUCCAAAACAAUCAAGCCCAUUGACAUCUAUACAGCCAGUAAAACCAUCUAAACCUCCAUUACCAGCAACACCACCUCCUGCUGUUAAAAAGCCCAUUGAACAAGCUUCUACAAAUGAAGAUCUUUACAUUCAACCAGAUGACUUUUACCCUUUGCCAGCAUCCCCUGCUGAAAACAAAGUGACUCUCUCAAGAGGAGCUGUUGGAAGUCGGAGUCAGACAGAACUGAUUAGAAUACAGGAAGAGGUCAAAAAUGGAACUUUCAGUAUUGAUGAUGCAGAAAGAUUAUUUAGAUCCUGGAAAGAGAGAUAUGAAACUGGGAAUGCUGUCAGUUUCAAAGACAGACAGAAUGCUCUACAAGCUCUUAGAUCAGAUCAUAACAAAACUCUGCAAGCAUUAAAACCAAUGCAACCUAAAAAAACUAAAAAGCUGGAGCAUGAAGACUCAUUCAAUGCUGAUAUUUCAGAACCAUUUGCUUUGCGAACACCUAAUAAAUAUCAUCCUGUUGGUAGAGAUAGUAAUACUAGUAUUGCAUCAUCUUUAAGCACAGUAUCUAGAACAAGUACAGAUAGUGGUAGAGAUAGUGCAGACUCUCGUUACUUUUCUUCCUCUGAUGAUUAUGAAUUUAAUGGAAAUAUUGGAAGGCCUCCUCUUGUACCGAGACGAAGUAUAACUUCAGAAACAUCCUUGACCCCCAAUGAGGAUAAACGAGCUUCAAUGAGAGAUAUGUAUAUACAACUUGGAGAUUAUGGAGAAGUGGAGCAAUUAGCACCUCCUCCUCUACCUCCACCUCGCAUCACCCUAGAAAGACCAACUACCAUCAAGGUUACAACAGGAAGACCUGCCCCUGAAUCUAGCAAACCCCUUCCCCCACCAACAAAGCCUAAAAGCUUCAAAAGAUGAAAAUACUUAGCUUUUAGUAUAAAGCUAAAAACAAAAAGGAGCAAAUUUUUAAAUACACUAGCAAUAUUUUGGGACAGAGCAUUAUCUGUGAUAUAAUUUUUACUAUCACUUUAUUUAAAACAAGCAGAAGAAAAAGUUAAUAGGAAUUUUUAAAAAAGAAUUAUAUAAAAAUGCUUUAAAGAUUGUUUUACUGAAAUUAAUUACAUUUUAGAUGGUUUUUUUUUAAUUUUUAGCCUUAAAGCUCAUGACCACCACAUCUUUAAUUUUAUCAUUUGGUAGGCAUAUUGUAUUUUAAAAACAUGAAUUCUAAUAUUAAUUUUAUAUACAGUCAUGUAGCUUCAAUUUAAUAGAUUAAAUUUCAACAAAUUGUGAUAUUAAUGUCAAAUGUAUAUGUAUUAUGUCUUUUUUCAAUUUAAAGUUAUGUAGUUUAAAAAGCAGAAUGACUGACCAUCCUAAUGAUCAAUAUUUAUUUCAAUUUGAUCCCAUAAGCAGUGUACAUUGAAUCAAUGAUCAUAGCUGCAGCCAUUGCUUAUAUAUUCUCAUACAUCGUUUCAGAACUAUACAUUUUGUAAAUAAAUCAAAGAAAGAA